AUGAGUACCAAAUCGAACUUGAGUCUGCAAAUGAGAGACCUUCUGUGUAGCUCUCUUCCUGAAGAGCAACAAGAUGAUGACUACCAACCUAAUUAUGAUGCUGACAGUGAUGAUGAGGACUUGCCCAAGUCCAUCAAAUCAGCUCACUACUCUUCAUCUCAAGAUAAGUUCAUGAAAGAUCAUGAUUUGAAGGUAAAAACAUUUGAAGCAUUGCAUGGGAAUCAAGGUUCUAAGCCAUCCUCACCAGGAGGUGCAAACCUAAGAAGAAGGUCCUCGGUUAUCGACAUGCCACACAGUUUUCACCCACCCCCAUCACAAGCUCCCCAUGUGGCAACAAACAGUGAUUACAUCUUUGGAACGAAUGCUUUACCUGAGGAAGUACCUUCCAGUGAGCUUAUUCAAUUCUAUCUGGAUGUGAAGGAUUGUUUGGACUUGCGUCAUAAAUACUUGAAACUUUCGUUGCAAAUUCCAGAGCUGUUGAAUCCCAAAAAUAAACCAGACUGGAAAAUCUAUCCUGCUCCCCCAAAGCCAUUUUAUAAAUCAAAGAACAAAUUCAAUCAAGUGUUGACAACACCAGACGAGGGUGAAGAAUUUGACUUUGGCAAAUGUGAAAUACCAGACUUGAGUGGAAGUGAUUUGUACUUCAUAUUAAACGAUGAAGGGGUUUACGAGGUAUAUGAUCUGUCAAAGAAUGAAAAGCUUGUCCAAGUUCCAAAUUUACACGAAUAUUAUAACGAUUUAGCAUUUAUUGGUAACAUUUCAUCUGAUGGGCCCACAAAAUCCUUUUCUUUCAAAAGGUUGCAAUAUCUUGAAGCCAAAUGGAAUAUGUACUAUUUGUUGAACGAGUUUGAGGAGACAAAGCAGUCGAAAGCAAAUCCACAUCGUGAUUUCUACAAUGUAAGGAAGGUCGACACACAUAUCCAUCAUUCUGCAUGUAUGAACCAGAAACACUUGCUUCGUUUUAUCAAAUACAAACUAAAAACUGAGCCAGAUGAGCCAGUGAUUUUUCGUGACGGCAAGAUCUUAACCUUGGCAGAGGUUUUCCAAUCAUUGAAAUUGUCUGGUUAUGAUUUGUCAAUUGACACGUUGGACAUGCACGCACAUACAGAUACCUUUCAUAGGUUUGACAAGUUCAAUUUGAAAUACAACCCAAUUGGUGAAUCAAGAUUGAGGGAGAUUUUCUUGAAAACUGACAACUUUAUUGAUGGUAGAUAUUUGGCCGAACUUACAAAACAGGUGAUGGAGGAUUUGGAAAGUUCCAAGUAUCAAAUGAAUGAGCUCAGAAUUUCAAUAUAUGGUCGGUCUAUUCACGAAUGGGAUAAAGUUGCUUCGUGGGUCAUUGAUAAUAAAUUGUUUAGUCACAACGUAAGAUGGCUCAUUCAAGUUCCUAGGUUAUAUGAUAUUUACAAAAAGAGUGGAAACGUUCGUUCAUUUUCGGAUAUUGUGAAAAACGUUUUUGAACCGUUAUUCGAAGUGUCAAGAAAUCCCAAGUCACAUCCUAAACUUCACGUGUUUUUACAAAGAGUAGUUGGGUUUGAUUCUGUUGACGAUGAAUCAAAGGCGGACAAGCCUUUACCGCCACACAAGUACCCUUCGGCCAUGGAAUGGAAUUUCACAUCCAAUCCUCCUUAUUCGUACUACAUUUACUACUUGUAUGCGAAUAUUGCUAGCUUGAACCACUUGAGAUUAAAGAACAAAUUUAACACGUUUGUGUUGAGACCCCAUUGUGGUGAAGCGGGUGAUCCACAUCACUUGAUCAGUGCCUUUUUGACAUCGUAUGGAAUUUCACAUGGAAUUUUGUUGCGAAAGCUUCCAUUCAUCCAGUAUUUGUACUACCUUGAUCAAGUUGGCCUCGCUAUGUCGCCAUUAUCCAACAAUGCAUUGUUCCUCACAUACGACAAAAAUCCAUUCUACAACUUUUUCAAAAAGGGGAUGAAUGUUUCAUUAUCAACUGAUGAUCCAUUACAGUUUUCAUACACAAAGGAGCCAUUGAUUGAAGAAUAUUCAGUUGCAGCACAAAUUUAUAAAUUGUCAGGAGUUGACAUGUGUGAAUUGGCGAAGAACUCGUGUAUACAGAGUGGGUGGGAAGCGAAAAUCAAAAUGCAUUGGUUAGGUAAAAAUUAUAUGAAAGGUGGAGUUGAAGGUAAUGAUAUUGAAAAGACCAAUGUUCCUGACAUUAGAGUUCUUUUCAGAGAAGAAACUUUGAAAAGCGAGCAACAUUUGGUACAAUAUUAUAAUGAAAUGAAGAUGAAGUCGAGUAGCGAACAGUCAAGUUAA